GCGAGCUGUCUGCAGCCGCCGCUCCUCCCGCCGCGCGCCCCGCCCUCCCCAGCUGUGCACCCUUGGUCCAGCUGCGCGCUCGUCGGGAGUCCCAGACAUGUCCGCGGAGAGAGAGGUAGCCGAGGUAGCCACUGUGGUGGCGGCGGCCGAAGCAGGGGCCGGAGAAGACGCCUCUUCUCAGCCCCCGAAAGCCGAGGCCGCUGGCGACGCCCAGCCAUCCGCGACUUCCGAGGGGGCCGCCGCCGCGUCGCCGCCGCCGCUGCGGUGCCUGGUGCUCACCGGCUUCGGCGGCUACGACAAGGUGAAGCUGCAGAGCCGGCCUGCCGUGGCACCGGCCCCCGGUCCCGGCCAGCUGACGCUGCGCGUCCGGGCUUGCGGGCUCAACUUCGCCGACCUUAUGGCUCGGCAGGGGCUGUACGACCGGCUACCGCCGCUGCCCCUCACUCCGGGCAUGGAGGGAGCCGGCGUCGUGAUCGCGGUGGGCGAGGGAGUCAACGACCGCAAGGUAGGGGACCGGGUGAUGGUGUUGAUCCGGUCAGGCAUGUGGCAGGAGGAGGUGACUGUGCCCUCAGCCCAGACCUUCCAGAUGCCUGAGGCCAUGACCUUCGAGGAAGCGGCUGCCUUGCUGGUCAAUUACAUCACAGCCUACAUGGUCCUCUUUGACUUCGGCAACCUACGGCCCGGCCACAGCGUCUUGGUACACAUGGCUGCAGGGGGUGUGGGCAUGGCCGCCUUGCAGCUGUGCCGCACAGUGGAGAACGUGACGGUGUUCGGGACGGCCUCAGCCAGCAAGCACGAGGUGCUGAAGGAGAACGGGGUCACACACCCCAUUGACUAUCACACGACUGACUACGUGGAUGAGAUCAAGAAGAUCUCCCCAAAAGGAGUGGACAUCGUCAUGGACCCUCUGGGUGGGUCAGAUACUGCCAAGGGCUACAACCUCCUCAAACCCAUGGGCAAAGUGGUCACCUAUGGAAUGGCCAACCUGCUGACGGGCCCCAAGCGGAACCUGAUGGCCCUGGCGCGCACGUGGUGGAACCAGUUCAGCGUGACGGCCCUGCAGCUGCUGCCCGCCAACCGCGCCGUGUGUGGCUUCCACCUGGGCUACCUGGAGGGCGAGGUGGAGCUGGUUCAAGGUGUGGUGGCCCGCCUCCUGGCUCUGUACAACCAGGGCCGCAUCAAACCGCACAUCGACUCUGUGUGGCCCUUUGAGAAGGUGGCAGACGCCAUGAGGCAGAUGCAGGAGAAGAAGAAUGUGGGCAAAGUCCUCCUGGUGCCUGGACCAGAGAAGGAGAACUAGGGCGGAGGCUGGCAGACCCUCAGGGCCCCGGGAAGAGAGACACCGGGGGCCGCACCGUGCUGGUCUCCAAACUCUUCACAUUUCAUCCUCUGUCAUCAUGCUCUGCCCUCUCUCCCCUGAAGGUCUCCAUCCUGAUGGCCUCUCCCCAGCCCUGUUCUGUCUCCUGAGGCAGGGCUGCCCCCUCCCCCCCUUCCUGCCCUCCGAAGAGGUUGGGAAGUGACCACUUGGAUGUCUGGGCCCUGCCAAGGGGACAGGGAGGGUCAGAGGGAGGCCGGCUCCUUCCUGCCCCCACCCUUUCCCUGGGCCUGCUGUGCUGCUUUUGUGCCAAGGUUAGCCGAUCCCUUUCCGUCCAGUUCUGUGUGCUCCCCCCACUCCCCGCCUCAUCUCCCACUCCUGCCCCUGCCCCACCCCCACCCCACCCCAAAAGAAUUGAAACGUCAGCUCAGGAUAUGGGGCCAAUCUGUGUGAAUCCAGCAUGUCCCUGUCUUGCCCUCCUGUCCCUUCAACCCAGGCCAACCAGUGUCCCCCUCUGAACUCUGUCACCUCGUUGCAUGGCCUUGUCCUCUUGCCCCCAUCUCCUUAAGCACACUUGGGCUUCUUCCACCUCUGGGUUUUCUGCCCCUCGUAACCAAGGUCGCCUCUUACAACAAGGGUGGGACUCAUACUGCUCCCUUAGGUCACAACUCUGAGGGAGGGACACAGAGUCCCCCCCCCCCCAAUCAACCCCCCUGCCGCUCCCCACCCUUCACUGAGUUCUCUGGAGUUGUUCUCAGUGCCUUAGCAACGGAAAACCUGUGCGUGUAUGUGUGUGGGGGGGUGUCCCUGUCUCACACCUCCUCCUCUACCCCAUACUCCCCAGUGCCUUCUUCUGCUGGAGCUGGGGUUUUGCUGCCUCCCAGUCCCACAACACUGCCAAAAAUCUGUGUGCAUGCCAGUGGCGGGUGGGGGGGCAGCCCCGAGCCACCUGGGGUCUGUGCCAUGUCCUGUCUCUGGGGCUGUCAUUUCUCUCUGGGUGGUGGUGGAGGAGAAGUAGGCGGGGAAGCUCUCCCAGCCUUGCAGGCAAGUGUGGCACUUACCAGCCAGAGCUCUGAGAGGCGAUGCCAUCUGUUUUUUGUUCUGGGACCAAAGUAAAAAUCAAAUCCCAUUUCCCGUGUUGUCAAGGGAGGCCCACUGCCUUCUCAGAGCAGGGGCAGCUUUUCAAACUCAGCCCCAAACUUUGUUUACAUGGGUGGGGAGAUGGAACAGGGGAAUAAAGAGGGGGGCGGCUUAGGACCUGGGCCGCUGGAACCAAAGUGGGGGCUUCCUGGCAUAGGGGUGUAGCUCUGUCUGCUCUCUGAUAGGGAAUUAGGUAGGGUUCUUGCCCAGCCACUGCCAGGGGGAGGUGGGGGGAGGGGCUCAGCCUCUUCAUUGUCUAAACAAGGCCUACACGUGUGAAGUGCGAUUUCUGCUUUUGUGUACCCCACCCCAUUUUACCGAAGCUGCCUUUGUGUUUGUGUCAAUAAAAAGCCAAACCCUGGGUCCUGGA